AUGCGUGAGUGGCAAGCUGGCCAGCCAGUCGAGGCAGCUUUAUAUCAGAUUAUGUCACUUAGCGAGUUCCUGGAAGAGCUGACGGUGACCACGAAACAGCCAGCAACAGAGGAGGGGGAGGAGGAGGAGGAUGCCAGCCAGGCCGCGGAGUCUUUCGAGGUGCCAGAAGCCGCAGCUGUCUACGUUCAAGAAUCGGCUGACACGGACCAGGACGAUGACAGGGAGCUCCCGGCACUCCUGCAGAACAACAGGAGCACGGAUGCGGAAACGCUGGAAGCAGUGGAAGCAGUCCCAGUCGGGCGAGACGCCGUCCUUGCCCACGCGCUAGGUCGAGCCGACCAGCCUUGA